GUCUGCCCUCCGCCUCUGGCAUGUCGCAUGCGGGCACUCCCCCUCCGAGGCGCAUCGCCGUGCUCAUCUCGGGCUCAGGAACAAAUCUCCAGGCCCUCAUAGAUGCCCUGAACACUCCAUCGCUACCGGAUGCGUCCAUAUGCCUCGUCCUCUCCAACCGGAAGGCGGCCUAUGGUUUGACCCGCGCUGCUAACGCAAAUCCACCCAUCCCUACCGCCUACCUCGGACUGCAGCCGUACCUCAAAGCCAACCCAGGCAAGACGCGCGAUGACUACGACGCGGAAGUCGCCCGCAUUGUCCUGAGACACAAGCCAGACCUCGUCGUCCUCGCGGGUUGGAUGCACAUCAUGGGUGAUGGCUUCCUCGAUACCGUGGACGGGUACAAGAAGGUCGUCGAUGGCGAGGAGAAGGUCGAGAAGUCGGUCCCUGUGAUCAACCUACACCCAGCGCUGCCGGGUGCUUUCGAUGGUGCGCAUGCGAUCGAGAGGGCUUACGAGGCGUCCCAAAAGGGCGAGAUCACACAUUCUGGUGUGAUGGUCCAUCGAGUUGUGAAGGAGGUCGAUCGCGGAGAGCCUAUUCUCGUGAGGGAGGUCGAGAUCAAGCCCGGCGAGCCAAUAGAAGACUUCGAGGAGCGACUGCACAAAACAGAGUGGGAAAUCAUUGUGCAGGGUACAAAGAAAGUGCUGGAUGAGGUAGCUCCUGUAUCGUAAGUCCGUGACAGUUCUGGAAGCUGUGCGUUCCAUGACAUCGGGUCGUUAGCUAGGCGACAGAUUUACUUGACGUGUAGCCGUAGCCAGAUGGAAGUGUACCAUUAUACCAGAAUGCGGUGUCGCAGUGUAGAUCCGGCUGCCUAAGCCGUAGUACAUAGUGUCCAGUACGCACACAACAAGAUAGCACCCAACUGCGGCCCCAUUAGGUCUUUAUCUUCUCCCGUAUGAAGACACCGGGCCCAAUCAUAGCCUGGCAAGCGUGGGCUGCCAGUCUACGCGCUCCACCUAAUUCGCGACGAGACGGAGA